GCGGGGACGUGUGGCUGCGGGGCUGGGGGUGUUUGCAUCCCUGAGUGGCGUCUCCUGCCUAAGUGUCACCUGUGGGCACCGUGGGAACCUGUGCUGGGUGCCCACCUGGUGCCUCGUGGUACGUGGAGAAGUGUGGCACCUGGGGCAUGGUGGCACCUGGUGGCACCUGGGGCAUCAUGGUACAUGGUGGCACCUGGUGGCACCUGGGGCAUGGUGGUACAUGGUGGCACCUGGAGCCUCGUGGUACUUGGAGAACCGUGGCACCUGGGGCAUCGUGGUACAUGGAGAACUGUGACACUUGGUGCAUCGUGGCACCUGGGGCAUGGUGGCACUUGGUGCAACGUGGUACGGGGAGAACCGUGGCACUUGGUGCGUUGUGGCUUCUGGUGGCACCUGGGGCAUGGUGGCCCUUGGUGUGUCAUGGUACAUGGGGAACCGGGGCACUUGGUGCGUUGUGGCUCCUGGUGGCACUCGGUGCAUGGUGGCACUUGGUGUGUCCUGCUACGUGGGUGGCUUCUGGUGGCACCUGGGGCAUCAUGGUACAUGGAGAACUGUGGCACCUGGUGCAUGGUGGCUCCUGGUGACACCUGGGGCAUGGUGGCACUUGGUGUGUCCUGGUACGUGGGUGGCUUCUGGUGGCACUUGGUGCAUCGUGGCACCUGGGCACCAUGGUACAUGGAGAACCAUGGCACUUGGUGCGUCAUGGAACCUGGUGGCACCUGGUGUNUGGUGGACAUGGUGCAAGGUUCACAUGGACCACGGUGGCACCUGGCUCGUGGUGGACAUGCCACCUGGUGGCACAUGGACUAUGGUGGGACCUGGGUGCGUGGUGGGACGUGGUGCACUGAGGACACGGUGCGUGGUGGCACCUGCUGGGAGCUGCGUUCCCUGGCCACACCGCAUGCUGAGGACCAUGGAUGCCACCUGGGGACGCGCUGCUGUGACCGGCCCCAGGAUCACAGCCCCACGAUCAAGAUCUCACCCCCAGGAUCCCCCAGGAUCACAUCCCCGGGGUCACGUCCCCAAGGUGGCACCCCCAGGAUCCCCCAAAAUCACACCCCCAGGAUCAGGAUUGCAGCCCCAGAAUCACACCCUCAGGAUCGCACCCUCAUGGUCAGUAUCACACCCCCAGGACCGCAUCCCCACAAUCACACCCCCAGGGUCACACCCCCAGAAUCACAGCCCCAGGAUCAGGAUCACAUCCCCAGGAUCACACCCCCAGGAUCACACCCUCAUGGUCAGGAUCACACCCCCAGGACCGCAUCCCCACAGUUGCACCCCCAGGAUCAGGAUCUCAUCCCCAGGAUCCCCCAGGAUCACACCCCCAGGAUCAGGAUCACACCCCCAGGAUCGCACCCCCAGGAUUGCUCCCCCAGGAUUACACCCCCAAAAUCACAGCCCCAGGAUCAGGAUCGCAGCACCAGGAUCCCCAGGAUCUCACCCCCAGGAUCACAUCCCCAAGAUCGCACCCCCAAGAUCACACCCCCAGGGUCCCCCACAAUCACACCCUCAGGAUCAGGAUUGUACCCCCAGGAUCCCCCAGGAUCACACCCCCAAAAUCACAGCCCCAGGAUCAGGAUCACACCCCUAGGAUCGCACCCCCAGGAUUCCCAGGAUCUCACCCCCAGGAUCACAUCCCCAAGAUCGCACCCCCAAGAUCACACCCCCAAGACUGCACCCCCAGGGUCCCCCAAAAUCACACUCCCAGGAUCAGGAUCACAUCCCCUGGAUUCCCCAGGAUCACACCCCCAGGAUCAGGAUCUCACCCCCAGGAUCCCCCAGGAUCACACCCCCAAAAUCACAGCCCCAGGAUCAGGAUCACACCCCCAGGAUCCCCAGGAUCGCACCCCCAAGAUCACACCCCCAGAGCACGAGGCAGCUCAGGACCCUCCCCCCUCUCUGUGCACAUCGCGUCCCCUCCCUCUGACGUGUCCCGUCGCCAGGAGGGGAGUCAGCGGGUGCACCGCUUUGGCUUUCUGUGUCCUCUGUGCCCUUCAGCGAGUGCUGGGAGGCCGGGGGGGGCCGUGUGGGGCUCACGUGGGGCUGGCCAGCAUCCCGUGCCCGCUCCCCACGCAGCCCGACCCUGAAGCGUCGCAUCCCCAGGAACCAGGGCUGGCUGCACUGCUCGGUGCCGUGCUGAGCGCCGGAACCGGAGUGCCCCCAAGACCCUGCAGUGCCAGGAGCUGCUGCCACCUCCUCCCGCAGGAGGGGACCCGUGGGGACAGCGGGGCUCAUCCCGAGAUGCGCUCGGGCGUUUGCAAACGGCUGCGGCUGGAAAUAGCAUCCUGCGCCCGCGGGUGCCGGCACCCCGCAGCAAAAGCCCGGCGCUGCGCGAUGCCCGCGGCGCUGCGCGCAAUGUGACAU